AUGGGCCGCGCCGAAGAUGGCUCUAUCGAUAGACACAAUGUCAAAGACAGAGUUCUUCUCUACCGCCUUCCAACGACCACAGAGUCUGAUCUCGAAGAUCGCGACUGCGUCAUGGCAACUCUGUCCAGCAUGCUCGUCACUUGUCGACGCUCCUAUCAUGUCGCUAUACGAGCGUACAAAGCGCUGGUAAAGCCAGCCAAUCCGUUCUCCUUACGAGGCCAAGAUUCACUCGAUUCCUACUGUAUGGAGAUCGAUGCCGUGCGCGAUCUCGUCAUUCUGACCACCGGAUGGCAAUGGCCGUGCAGACUCAUCAGCACCAGCAGUGUCUUCCGCCUCCAAGCCCCGACCCCGCUUCGCUAUCUGGGUCUUUCCUGGCCCGGCCCAAAUCGCCACGGCGUCUCGGACGGCCGGAGCGCAUUCUACUACUCCGAAGCCCUCAACGGCUUGCUCGCAUUAUGGGGCUCUCCCCGGGCUCUCUACGUCGUCGUGGAUCCGGCCCAUUUACGGGAAGCCGAGCGGCCCUGGCCCGCCCCGGCAGAACGGCAGUGGAGUUCCAAUUCUCGCCAGAAUAACACAAUACUGGAGGACUACCUGGCGUCCUACGAGUCCGACCCGUGUGGUGAGAUGCCGGAAUUCCAAUCUGGAGGCCGUCGGUACUAUGAAGUCGCGGCUGCCCAAGUGGCACGAUCGGGCGGUUUAGGUGAGGUUGUCGAACUGCUUGAAUCCGCCAGGAGACGACUAGCCCCGUCCGCGCCCGCUGCUCAGAAUCAGGGGCAGCAUUUCAUCCAAGUGACUGAGAGUGAACCGCCGAGAUGUAGAGUCAUGACAUGGCGACACGAUUAG